CUUAAGUGUUGUGGAAACCUUGAAUGUAAUUGGUUAUAGAACUGACCAAUGAACUAGUCCUUGGAAAUCUCUUGUUUACUGUUAGCGCACAUUGUACAAAGUUGUCACGUCUAAUAACAAUUUCACUUACGUAACUUGACCCAAGUAUAAAAUUCUUAUUGAAUUGAUCAUCGACAUAUACUUAAAAAAUGUCCAGCCAAACCACAAACGAAAGUAAAUCAGCAGCAUUGGUCGCGAGGCCCAAGAGUUUCGGAAACAUACAAAUCAGCGAAGAAUUAUUCCAGACUUUCACAGAGUCACACAUAUUUACGACGAAUUUAAGUAAAUUUAGCAAAAAGCAGAUCAAAAUGAUGGAAGCAAAGGCAAACAAACUGUUGCACAAAGUAUCCAAUUCACAAGACAGAACCAGUGCUUUAAUUGUUGCAAAUAUUUACCAGAAUAUAUGCAUCGCACACAUUCACUCAAAUGAAGCAGGCAAAUUACAUGCUGCCAAAGAUUCUAUUCUCAAUUGUCUCAUUUUGAUAAAUGAUGAUGAGUUAAAUUGCAAAUCUAUUUUGACAGUUCUGAGGGCGUAUGGCCAUUUAGGCUAUAUUUCUUCUCAACAGAAAAAGAUAGAGAAAGCUAUAAUAGCAUAUAAUAAAGCUAUAAAAUUAUUCGGAACAUAUAUGGAACAAAAUGAUACUUCUGUGCCUAUUGAUUUUCAAGAUAUCAUUGUUAAACCGCCUGUAAAUAUAAAUGGUUAUGACAAGCUAAAAAAUGUAUACAUUUAUAUUUUAGAAUCAUUAAUAGAUUUGUAUAUGAUUACUGAAUCAUCGAAUCAGUGGAAUAUAAUAAAAUGCAGGCAUAUGCUUUUGGCUGUUGAGUACAGUAAAUUAACAAAAACUAAAGCAUAUUUUGCAUGGAUUGAGAGAGCAUUGAAAUUAUGUGAUUAUUUUUUAACGCUCCCAUGUCUCAAGGAAGCUGAAUAUCAUAUUCUUGCUAUAGCUCAUGUGAAAAGCUAUUACAUUGAUUAUUUAAUAAAUUUUAAUAAAAGCAUCAAAGAACAAGAAUCUUGCACAGAAAAGACAAUUUCCUCGGAAGCGACUUUAUAUGAACAGAAUCGAAGCACAUUUAUAUUAUUUACUAUAUAUCAAGCGAGAUGGGGAAUUAUGCUUUUGCGUAGGUCAGCGGAACGAUUGUUACGUUUAGAAAAAGAUGCUAAUUUUGAGACAAGCUGCUUAGAAGAUAUGCCGCGUGCGUUACGACUAUGUAACGAAAUAGAAGAAAAGUGUAUAAACAUAAAUGUGUUUUACAAGAUGGAAAAUAAAUAUUUGUUAAAUUAUACUUGUGCUAGAAAAACAUUUGUUUCUGUUAUGAGAUUGCUGUACGAUUCGAAAUUAACAUUGAAUCUCAUCGAGGACACAAAAGCACUAUUCAGCAUUGCAUUAAACAUUUGUAAGGCAUAUAAAUAUAUGGCACUCUAUGAAAAGAAAGCUAAAAGCCAGUUUAUAUCAUAUAAGCGUCGCAUCGAAAUUUUGUGCCAUAUCGUAGGGAUAAUAAAUCGUAGGGAGAAUCGUAAACUGUUAAAAUUUUUACAACUUCAAAUAGCAAUUAGUUUCUCAAAUCUAAUAGAGCACCAAAUUGAAAAUAUUAGAGGCUGCUCUCCUUCAUAUGUAAUGUCUCCAUAUAAACUUAUUGAUAAUGAUAUCGACAAUGGAGUGAAACGGAGCUUAGAAUGUUUGCAAAUAUAUAUUAGAUAAUUACGAUAGAUAAAUUAUGAAUUUGAUAAGUUAUAUUCCUUAUUAAUUCUAUAUUGAUAAAAAUAAAUACAGAUAAUAUACUUUGUUAUGAUGUUAAGGAUCAAAAA